AUGGCUGUACACAACUACCAGACCGCCGACUCCUUCAAGGAGGCCGUCAAGAAUAACAAGGUCGUCUUGCUCGACUGCUUUGCCACUUGGUGCGGUCCUUGCAAGGCCAUUGCCCCCAUCCUAGCGAACCACUCGAACGAGGAGCAGUUCAAGGAUAUCCAUUUCGCCAAGAUCGACGUCGACGACCUGCCCGACCUGGCCCAAGAGCUCGGAAUUACCGCCAUGCCUACCUUCCUACUCUUCAAGGAUGGCGAACUAGAGCCUGCUGAGAAGCUCGUCGGCGCAAACCCCAACGCGCUCGUUGCGCUUCUCAAGAAGAACGUCGCCUAA